AUGUCCGACUUGGACGACUUCUAUGCCGAACAAGAGAGAAGGAUGAAUCUUCCAGAUGAACAUAUCGAUGAUUAUCUUCGCCGUCUCAGAUAUCAUAAGAAAAGUGGGACUCACGCCCGCGCCAGUGUCUACACGCCUGUCAUAGAUAAGAAGAUCAAUGAACACCAGCAAAAUUAUACCCAGCGCGAGGAUGAUCAUACACGCCACAAUUCUGGACUUCUGGUAGCAGAUACUAACAUGGUCACCGCAUCGAGAAUCACAGAACCUUCCCCUUCUUCUGGAAACCUCAAGCGCAAGAUGCUUCAGCCGAGUCAAAUUAAGGUGUCUCUCGAAAAGAGGCUGAAACAUAAACACGAGCCAACUCUUGAAAACGUUUUGGUGGAUCCCAGUAUACAGCCUGCUGUUAUCUCGCGUAAUGAAACUUCCGAGUAUGUCCCGUUACAUUCGUCUACUGUUAAUGAGCACUUUGAUAAAAAUGGGUCAAGACGCGGAACAGUGAUGAACAUUCCUGGAACGGAUUCCGUCUGGCACUCGGUCUCCAAAAAGGAUGAUAACCAAACAUUGCACGCUGGGGUCUCCGGCCAGAAGCCGGAUGCGCGAAAUCGGCAUAUAUUUUCUGUUAGCAAUCUGGAACAUGUUGCCGCCCAUGUAAAGGAUAUCGAUUCG